AGCAUCUUGCGCGCGAGCCACAUAACGCUACGCCUAAACUUUAAAAAAGACGAGAGAAUAAAUACCUCAAAACCCAAACUGAUGAGCAGCGCAUUGGCCCUUUUGCUUCCGCCGGUAGUCUCUCCUCCUCCCAAAUUUCUCUCUCUCCGACUCAAUCGCCUCUCUCUCUUUCACUCCUCCCCUUCUCUCUCUCCAACCUACAGAUAUUUGGAGAGCAACAUCUAGAAGAUUUUUCCCAGCAGCUAAGGCACAGUCGAUAUCGAUUAUGGCUUCUGAAAAUGUUGGUACUCUAAAGCAACAAUUAGCUAAACUAUUUGAUGAAUCGCUCAGAGCAACCAUCCCUGAGGAGUUGGAUGUAGAGCCUUUGAUUGCUGCUUGCAAUCCUAAAUUUGGUGAUUACCAAUGCAACAAUGCCAUGAGCUUAUGGACAAAAGUUAAAGGCAAAGGUUCCGAGUUCAAGGGUCCCCAAGCUAUUGGCCAGGCCCUCUCAAAAAAUCUUCCUGCAUCAGAAAUGAUAGAAUCAUGCGGUAUAGCUGGACCUGGCUUUGUGAAUGUUGUAUUGUCGAGGCAAUGGAUAGCAGAGAGCAUCCAAAAGAUGUUGAUAGAUGGUAUCGGAACAUGGGCGCCAAAGCUUCUGGUUAAGAGGGCAGUGAUUGACUUUUCCUCACCUAACAUAGCAAAAGAGAUGCACGUUGGUCACUUAAGAUCUACUAUAAUUGGGGAUACCCUAGCCCGUAUGCUUGAGUUUUCAAAUGUUGAAGUCCGUAGGAGAAAUCAUGUUGGUGACUGGGGCACACAGUUUGGCAUGUUAAUUGAGCAUCUAUUUGAUAAGUUUCCCAAUGGGGAAGUUGCUAGUGAUCAAGCCAUCGGAGAUCUAGAGGCAUUCUACAAAGCCUCAAAGCAGAGAUUUGAUAGCGAUUCUGGUUUUAAAGAGCGGGCUCAAAAGGCUGUAGUCAGUCUCCAGGGCGGGGUAGAUAAAUAUCGCAAGGCAUGGACACAAAUCUGUGAAAUCAGUCGUAGGGGAUAUGAGAAAGUUUAUCAACGGCUUGGAGUUUACUUAGAGGAGAAGGGAGAAAGCUUUUACAAUCCAUAUAUUCCUAGUGUUCUAGAAUUGUUGAGUCAGAAGGGAUUAAUUGAAGAAAGUGAAGGUGCUCGUGUGAUCUUUAUUGAAGGGAAAAACAUACCUCUUAUUGUUGUAAAGAAGGAUGGUGGUUACAACUACGCUUCUACUGAUCUUGCGGCUUUAUGGUAUCGACUUAAUGAAGAAAAAGCUGAGUGGAUUAUAUAUGUUACUGAUGUAGGCCAGCGGGAGCACUUUGAAAUGGUUUUCACAGCUGCCAAACUUGCAGGUUGGCUUCCAGCUGAAGAUAACAAAUACCCCAAAACUAGCCAUGUUGGCUUUGGGCUUGUUCUUGGAGAAGAUGGAAAGCGAUUCCGAACUCGCAGUACUGAAGUGGUUCGAUUAGUUGAUUUACUUGAUGAAGCCAAGAGUCGGUGUAAAGCAGUCCUUAUUGAACGCGGUAAGAGUGAAGAGUGGACUGCUGAUGAGCUUGAGCAAACGGCUGAAGCAGUUGGAUAUGGGGCAAUUAAGUAUGCAGACUUAAAGAACAACAGAUUGACAAAUUACACGUUUAGUUUUGAUCAAAUGCUUAAUGAUAAGGGAAAUACUGCUGUAUAUUUGCUGUAUGCACAUGCUCGAAUCUGUUCAAUCAUCAGGAAAUCUGGUAAAGACCUAGAGGAGUUAAAGAAGACUGGGACAAUAGAGUUAAACCAUCAAGAUGAGCGGGCUUUAGGACUUCAUUUGCUCCAGUUUGCAGAGGUUGUUGAGGAGGCUUGCACCAAUCUCUUGCCAAAUGUUUUGUGUGAAUAUCUAUAUAAUUUGUCCGAGAACUACACAAAAUUUUAUUCCACCUGUACGGUGGUUGGAUCAAAGGAGGAAACAAGUAGACUUCUAUUGUGCGAGGCAACAGCAGUUGUCAUGAGAAAAUGCUUCCAUUUACUGGGAAUUACACCCGUAUACAAGAUUUGACAUACUCUAUGAUUGAAUGCUUUGACCUGCACAACAAUUGUAUACCACCUUGUUUAAAAGCAUUUGAUGUUGUCAAAAUUUGCUCGUGCAGUUAAGCCAGUGUGCUUAUUGAGUUUGCUCUUACUGGAAAGGAAAAUGUGUGUUGAUUUUAACUUGUAUUCGGUUAUAAGAUAUCGAAAUUAUCUUUGAUGUAAAACAAAUUUACUGA